UUGUGAGAUCGAGAGAUGGGGAGAAUCAGAGGCACCUUUUCGAGAAUCGGUCAUCAACCUUGUCUCCUCGAAUCAUGGUCGAGCACCACGACACAGUGAGAAAGGAUUCAGUGUGAAGAAACCCUGGAACAAAAGUAUCUGGGGCAAUGCAAAUCUCGAGCGUCAAACCCACAUCGUAGGACGUCGAGGAUCGACCUCGAUGCGAAAGGUGUCGCAGUUCCCUGGAACUAUGAAAAGUUUCCCGUCGUGAUGAUGAUGAUGAAUUCAUCUUUUUUUUGGUUGCCUUUUCGUCGUCCUCUCCCUAUGCAGAGGUAACCCUCGUCCCAAGAUAUCCGGAGCCCGCUCGCUCGUUCCACAAGUGUUUAAAACAUUUUCGUGCCUGUGGAGCUCACUGACUCGGUCAGACUGUUGGCCUAUCGACUAGGGACCCGUCAUCAUCAUGGACCAUGGACCGCAAGCUCUGAAAUCAGAGCAUUUCACCUUCCUCACGGAACUGUGCGCGACUCGUCAGUGGGCAGAACAGUGCGUGGAAAAGAAGAUCUGAACGCGAUCCUCCAACAAACCUGGAGUAUUGUAAGAGUAUUAUAUUAUAUAGUAACAUUCACUCGCGCCCUAAAAUACACUCCCACAAAGCUGGAACUGCAUAUUCCCUCGGCCCAGAGUGGACUUUGUGGUGGACUUUGCGACAUGAUAUUCUAUCCGGUUCGAAUCCCCAGGACAUGGCCAUGGCUGUGUGCAAGAUGCACAGAUGCAACCGGGAGUAUGAAUUUAUACAGUGCCCUUGAGGCCACACGAGCUCUGUUCAUUCGAGGAAUCCCUCGGUUUGCAGUGCUGGGAGUUGGGCUCAGAGCAACUGCAGACAGGAAAGGUACGAGUACAGAAGCUCGAUGGUGUCGAGCGAUGGGUUUGCGUGUCGAGCCCGGAUCAUGGUUAAGGGAUGAGGGUGGCCCUGGCCUGGAGGAAUCGGAAUCGGAGCUGCGCUUUUCGCCACAUCGCAUUUCUGCUGUCCCUACAUUCUCCCCGAGAGACCCACGGCCGCAGGCAAAGGGGCAGAUCGGCCUGUGCGAGGCUAAGAAUGCCACGCUUGCUCUCGAAACUAGCCGGAAACCGACCUCUCUCCUCUCCUCGCUAGCAAUCAUGUGUCGUUACAAACUGUUCCCGCGAUUCUGUGUCGAAAUGCGCCCCUGCUCCUCUUCUCUAUUCACAGUCGUUGGUGUUGUUGUUGUUGACGAUCGCAGAUUUUGUUCUUUUGGAAAGUAGUUGCAAUCUUCGAGCCCACUGUUCCACUGGCGUCGUGUCCAGCAUCUUCUUCUCCUUCUCUUCUCUUCUCUUCUCCUUGUUCUUCAUUUACUCACAGCGCCCUUCCGUGGGCCAGUCACCAGCUGGGUCGACCACCAGGGCGCAUCUGUAAUCCAGAAGGACGAUCCUCUUGGCGUCGGUGAUACCGUCACUGCUGCUUGGCAGACGCCCUGCAACAGUCCCGCUGUAAUCUUCGAAUUCUUUACCAUUCGCAACUGGCCGGCCCCCAGAGCGAGCCUACCAGCUCAAGCUAAGCGUGACAGAAUCCCACAUACUACCUUCUCAGCUGACCCAGCUUGAACCUGCAACCGAUCGCCGCUUCCAGCCUUUAUCUCGAGUCAUUAAGAUCUGGCCAUCCAAAGACGACGAGCCAAUUUGGCUUCUGAUUAAUUGAACAAUCCUCCAGAUUUCCUACAGAGUUGGCCAAGCUUGAACCAUCAAUGAUCAGCUCUAGUCUUUAUCUCGAGUCAAUAGUAUCUGAUAUUCCAAGGAAGACGAGCCAAUUUUGCUUCUAA